AUGGGGCUAAGUUCUAUUUGUAGAUGUGGUGAAAUUUUAAGGUUACUUAUACAGUACACUAAUGGUAGGAGUAAGGAGUAUGAUAAGAUGUAUAAAUACUGGGAGCAAUCUACUAGAACUUAUCGUUGUCUAUUAUCUGAAAAAACACCACAAUUAAAAAAUCUUUCUUUACAGACGAGGUGCUUGGUCUUCGCCGCAUGCUUGACCGCCACAUUGGCCACCUUCGGAAAAGAGCACGUGCAUAUAAGGAUCCACGUGCCGGAGAUAGUGCAACACGAGGAGAAGAAAAUCAUAAAAUACGAAGAUCAUGGAGGUCACGAUCACGGUGGAGGAGGAGGACACGGGGGUGGUGAUGAAACGAUAAUAGUCACAUCGCCCGGAGGAGGGGGUGGUCAUGGAGGCGGUUUCGGAGGAGGACACGGAGGUGGUUUUGGAGGAGGACACGGAGGUGGUUUUGGAGGAGGACACGGGGGUGGUUUCGGAGGUGGUCACGGGGGUGGUUUCGGAGGAGGACACGGAGGAGGAUACGGUGGAGGAGGUUUUGGAGGCGGACACGGAGGGGGACACGGAGGAGGCGUAGAGCAGACAAUAGUAAUUACCGAACCUAGCGGAGGAGGAGGAGGUCAUGGAGGUGGUUUCGGAGGGGGACACGGGGGUGGUUUCGGUGGAGGACAUGGAGGUGGUUUUGGCGGUGGUCACGGAGGAGGCAUCAGCUUUGGAGGUGGUGGCCAUGGAGGUGGUGGCCACGGAGAUGUAAUAAUAUCCGGUCCCGGAGGCGGCGGUUUCGACGACCACCACGGUGGAGGUGGCGGUGGAUUCGACGAGCACCACGGCGGCGGUGGUUUCGGAGGAGGUGGUGGUAUAAUUGAGCACCACGGUGGCGGAGGUUUCGGAGGAGGAGGCGGUGGUAUCAUCGAGCACCACGGUGGCGGAGGUUUCGGAGGAGGAGGAGGUGGUUUCGGUGACCAUCACGGUGGAGGAGGUUUCGGAGGAGGUGGUGGUAUCAUCGAACACCACGGCGGCGGUGGUUUCGGAGGAGGUGGAUACGGAGGUGGUGGUGGUGGUGGUAUUAUUGAACACCACGGUGGAGGAGGUUUCGGAGGAGGUGGUGGUGGUUUCGGUGACCACCAUGGUGGAGGUGGAUACGGAGGCGGUGGUGGCGUCGAACACCAUGUCGUCAGUAACAGUAUAUCUUCUGGCUUUGGUAGCAGCGGUCAUGGCGGCGGCGGUGGCGGUCACGGUGGCGGUGGUUUCUCAGGUUACCACAAGAAAAAGUAAAAACGAUCGACAAACCAAUGCCGUGUUUUGCCAUUGGUUCGAUCGAUCGGUUUGACCGAUUUCCGGCGUCGUGUCGGUCAGCGAUCUUUCAGUCAAGUUCGAGGCACGCGAUCGUUAACGUCACGUGAUUUCCGAUCGCGAUCACGAAC